UUCGCUUUGCCGCCGCUGCAGGGCGGGCGGGAGCAGCCGGCUCCGUUGCCGGCUCUACUCUCGUCCCUUCUUCGGCAGCGCCCAGGGGCGCUCCUCGUGCAACCCUCCCGGCUCGGGGAUUCCCCUCCGAGCCCGCGCCCCCAGGUUCCCCGCCUCAGCCACCUCGCGGCCCCGAUGCCGAGGUAUGGAUAGAGCGGCACGGCGAGCGGCGGCGAUGGGGGAGAAGAAGGAGGGCGGCGGCGCGGGGGACGCGGCGGCCGCCGAGGGGGGCGCCGGAGCCGCGGCCAGCCGGGCGCUGCAGCAGUGCGGGCAGCUCCAGAAGCUCAUCGAUAUCUCCAUCGGCAGCCUGCGCGGGCUGCGCACCAAGUGCGCGGUGUCCAACGACCUCACCCAGCAGGAGAUCCGGACCCUGGAGGCAAAGCUGGUCCGGUAUAUUUGCAAGCAACGGCAGUGCAAGCUGAGCGUGGCUCCUGGUGAGAGGACCUCAGAGCUCAACAGCUACCCUCGCUUCAGUGACUGGCUGUACACCUUCAAUGUGAGGCCAGAGGUGGCGCAGGAGAUCCUCCGAGAGCUCACGCUGGAUGCCCUGCUGGACAUGAACGAGGCCAAGGUGAAGGAGACGCUGCGGCGCUGUGGGGCGAGUGCGGAGGAGUGUGGCCGCCUGCAGUACGCCCUCACCUGCCUGCGGAAGGUGACAGGCCUGGGAAGGGAGCACAAAGAGGACCUGGGCUGGAGUUCGUUGGAUGCCCGGCGGGAAAGUGGCUCAGGGCCUUCCUCGGACACCCUCUCACCAGCCAGCCUGCCCUGGCCCCCAGGGAGCGCCCAGCUGGGCAGGAUGGGCAGCAACGCCCAGGGCCCCCGCUCCGUCUCCGUGUCAGCUCUGCCCACCUCGGACUUCCCAACCCCUGGCCCCAGCGAGGGCCUCACGGACACCUAUAUCCCCCUGCACGCCAGUGGCCGGCUGACGCCCCGCGCCCUGCACAGCUUCAUCACCCCCCCAACCACGCCCCAGCUGCGACGGCACACCAAGCUGAAGCCGCCAAGGACGCCACCCCCACCCAACCGCAAGGUCUUCCAGCUGCUGCCCAGCUUCCCCACGCUCACCCGGAGCAAGUCCCAUGAGUCUCAGCUGGGGAACCGCAUUGACGAGGUCUCCCCAAUGAGGUUUGAUCUCCCCCACGGCUCCCCACAGAUGGUACAGAGGGACAUCGGGCUCUCGGUGACACACAGGUUCUCCACCAAGUCCUGGCUGUCGCAGGUCUGCCACGUGUGCCAGAAGAGCAUGAUGUUUGGAGUCAAGUGCAAGCAUUGCAGGUUGAAGUGUCAUAACAAGUGCACAAAGGAAGCCCCCGCCUGCCGGAUAUCCUUCCUUCCAAUAGCUAGGAUUCGGAGGACGGAAUCUGUCCCUUCGGACAUCAACAACCCGGUGGACAGGGCAGCCGAGCCCCAUUUCGGAACCCUCCCCAAGGCACUGACCAAGAAGGAGCACCCUCCAGCCAUGAACCACCUGGACUCCAGCAGUAACCCGUCCUCCACCACGUCCUCCACGCCCUCCUCGCCGGCUCCUUUCCCAACAUCGUCCAACCCCUCCAGUGCUACCACGCCCCCCAACCCCUCGCCCGGCCAGCGGGACAGCAGGUUCAACUUCCCAGCUGCCUACUUCAUUCAUCAUAGACAGCAGUUUAUCUUCCCAGACAUUUCCGCGUUUCCACCGGCAGCCCCGUUCCCCGAGGCAGCGGACAGUACCCGGCUCGACGACCAGCCGAAGGCAGACGUGUUGGAGGAUCAUGAAGUAGAGGCCGAGGAGCCGGAGGCUGGCAAGUCAGAGGCAGAAGACGACGAGGACGAGGUGGACGACCUGCCGAGCUCCCGCCGCACCUGGCGCGGCCCCAUCUCCCGCAAGGCCAGCCAGACCAGCGUGUACCUGCAGGAGUGGGACAUCCCCUUCGAGCAGGUGGAGCUGGGCGAGCCCAUCGGGCAGGGCCGCUGGGGCCGCGUGCACCGAGGCCGCUGGCACGGCGAGGUGGCCAUCCGCCUGCUGGAGAUGGACGGCCACAACCAGGACCACCUGAAGCUGUUCAAGAAGGAGGUGAUGAACUACCGGCAGACGCGGCACGAGAACGUGGUGCUCUUCAUGGGGGCCUGCAUGAACCCGCCCCACCUGGCCAUCAUCACCAGCUUCUGCAAGGGGCGGACGUUACACUCGUUUGUGAGGGACCCCAAGACGUCGCUGGACAUCAACAAGACCCGGCAGAUCGCUCAGGAGAUCAUCAAGGGCAUGGGGUAUCUGCAUGCCAAGGGCAUCGUGCACAAGGAUCUCAAAUCCAAGAACGUCUUCUAUGACAACGGCAAAGUGGUCAUCACCGACUUCGGGCUGUUCGGGAUGUCGGGCGUGGUCCGAGAGGGACGGCGUGAGAACCAGCUGAAGCUGUCACACGACUGGCUGUGCUACUUGGCUCCUGAGAUCGUGCGCGAGAUGACCCCCGGGAAAGAAGAGGAUCAGCUGCCCUUCUCCAAAGCUGCUGACGUCUAUGCAUUCGGGACCGUUUGGUAUGAGCUGCAGGCAAGAGACUGGCCCUUUAAGAACCAAGCUGCAGAGGCCUUGAUCUGGCAGAUCGGAAGUGGAGAGGGAAUGAAGCGAGUCCUGGCCUCGGUCAGCCUGGGGAAGGAAGUCACGGAGAUCCUGUCCGCCUGCUGGGCUUUCGACCUGCAGGAGAGGCCCAGCUUCACGCUGCUGAUGGAUAUGCUGGAGAAACUGCCCAAGCUGAACCGGCGGCUCUCCCACCCCGGGCACUUCUGGAAGUCUGCUGAUCGCUGGCGGAGCCGAUACUACGGGAAAGGACGUGACGGCCACCCUGACUUUAAGAACCCCUGCCCCGUUCUGGAGGAAUACAUUAACAGCAGCAAAGUUGUCCCCCGGUUUGAGAGGUUUGGCUUGGGCGCGCUGGAGGCCAGUAAUCCAAAGAUGUAGCCAGCUGUGCAGUUUCCCCGCCGAUUUCCUCCUUUUUCAAUGUGUCUCUAAACAUCCGCACAACCACCGCCCCAGAAAGCAGCACUCGCCGCAGCGUCCGCCGCUCUCCAAGCGCCGCAGCCAGGAGCCUGCGUUCUGGGCUCGGACUUGUUUGUGCACAGAAAACACUGGGGUCUCGGAGACGGAGCUGCACCUGCUGUUUCUUAAAGUGACAUCACCAACAGCCAAACCUGCCCGGCGGGCAGCCCAUGUUUACACGUACGUUUCUGCGGAGUGAGCUCGGCGUUGUACAAUAGGUAAUAAUAAAAGCGGGCUGUGCAGAGGUGCGCCAGCCCCAUCGGCCGGCCGGGACAGCGGACGUGGUGCCCCUGUGGAGAGCCCUGUGGGCAGGAACCCCACGCUGGGCCGGAGGAAGGAAAGCCUCAUGGUUGUGGAUGUUUCUG